GCGCCUGGUGCUCUCCAAUCGAAGUUGUGAAAGGUAGCGUCUUUGGAGCGAUCUUUGGAUUCUUGUCAAGAAAAAAAAGGUUUGAUCUUUGAAGGGGCGCUUGAGGAAGAGUUUGAGAGAGAGACAGAUUAAGAGGUGGUGGAGAUGGCAGGCACUGCGGGUCAAGUAAUCAAAUGCAAAGCGGCGGUCGCGUGGGAGGCCGGGAAGCCUCUGGUGAUCGAGGAGGUGGAGGUCGCGCCGCCGCAGGCGAUGGAGGUUCGGGUGAAGAUCCUUUAUACUUCCCUCUGCCACACUGAUGUCUACUUCUGGGAAGCCAAGGGCCAGACUCCUGUGUUUCCUCGGAUCUUUGGCCAUGAGGCUGGAGGGAUUGUAGAGAGUGUUGGGGAGGGUGUGACUGAUCUUGCACCAGGAGACCACGUCCUCCCUGUAUUCACUGGAGAAUGCAAAGAGUGUGCUCAUUGUAAGUCUGCGGAGAGCAACAUGUGUGAUCUCCUCAGGAUAAACACCGACCGGGGAGUGAUGAUCAAUGAUGGGAAAACGAGGUUCAGUAUCAAUGGAAAGCCCAUUUACCAUUUCGUAGGAACCUCCACCUUCAGCGAGUACACCGUCAUUCAUGUCGGCUGUCUUGCCAAGAUCAACCCCUUGGCUCCCCUCGACAAGGUUUGCGUUCUUAGCUGCGGCAUUUCGACAGGGUUCGGUGCGACUGUUAAUGUUGCAAAACCACUGAAGGGAUCGACAGUGGCUAUUUUCGGUUUGGGAGCUGUAGGCCUUGCUGCUGCAGAAGGGGCUAGGGUUUCUGGGGCGUCGAGGAUCAUUGGUGUUGACCUGAACGCCAGCAGGUUUGAGGAAGCAAAAAAGUUCGGUUGCACAGAGUUUUUGAAUCCAAUGGAUUAUAAGAAACCAGUCCAAGAGGUGAUUGCUGAGAUGACUAAUGGUGGCGUUGAUCGAAGCGUCGAAUGCACUGGCAACAUAAAAGCCAUGAUAUCUGCAUUUGAAUGUGUUCAUGAUGGUUGGGGUGUUGCUGUACUGGUUGGGGUGCCUCACAAGGACGCCGAGUUCAAAACCCACCCAAUGAACCUCCUCAAUGAAAGGACUCUUAAGGGAACCUUCUUUGGGAACUAUAAACCGCGCUCUGACCUUCCUUCAGUCGUUGAGAAGUAUAUGAACAAGGAGCUAGAAGUGGAGAAGUUCAUCACCCACAGUGUGCCUUUUUCUGAAAUCAACAAGGCCUUCGAGUACAUGCUUAAGGGGGAAGGUCUUCGGUGCAUCAUCCGCAUGGAGGAUUAGAGAAAAGCUUAUUGCUAUAAAGCAUGUCUUAUGCCCCAUCGAUCUUAAACUUUGUGUUCUAAUAAAAUAAGGCAACUGAGUUCGGCUGUGAGAUGAGCCCAGUUCUUAUCCUUUCUGCUAGUUGAAAAGAUUUUUGUGAGUUGUGACAUACCCUUUGUCUGUAAUGGGCUUGUCUUUUGUUUCUUGCAUGAUGUAAGCUUCUUCUGGAGAUUAAAGAAGCCGGAUAUGUUUUCUUUUCUCAUUUCUGAGAAAUUUUGAGUCGAUGGAUUUCUUAA